AUGGAACCGAAUCAAUUAACCUUUGGCAACAUCUCCUGGAGUGGUCCACUUCAUAAAUCUUCUCUUUCCAAAGCCAAGAAUUCCCCAGCCCCCCUUCGCUGGCUNGCUGGGAAGUUUGCAAGUCUUCCACGGGAUAUGCAGAUGAACCAUGAGUUUCCCUUGGCCUCUUCUAUGGAUCUGUUGAGCAGCAAACCCGUUUUGGCGGAUGAGCUUCAUUCCGGAACCCAUCAAGAUAUUUCUAUCCAUGGUACCCUUCCGAGAAAAAAAAAGGGAGCCCUUCUUCUUGGGUCAUGUGAUGUCUUCAACAACAUGAGAAUGUUGCCAUACACCCAAACAAAUCAGUCUCCAGGAGGUUUAAUUCAAGGUGUCACUGAAGAGUAUCCCCAGAAAAACAGGAAAAGUGACAGCCGUCCACACAGAGACCAGAAUACUACGGAUCCAGGUUUGGAGUAUGUGAAGUUUUUAAAGGAGAAGCAAGUGAUGGACAGUUCCCCCGAGAAACUGAAGAAGGAGCUGGAAGAAGAGUUGCAGAUGAGCAGUGACGAUUUGCGGAGCCACGCGUGGUAUCAUGGGCGGAUUCCGCGGCAGGUGUGUUCCCUUUGGUCUCGUUUUUAGGGAAUCCCGGAAUUUGUGUUCUCCCUGCUUAUCUGUAGAACCAAAUCCUGCCAAAACUUCAUGUACUUACAACAGUUUCAGGUUUUAAUGAGGCAAGCUACAGGAAUCCCUCUUUUAAGAUUUAUGCAGUUGGAACAAAGGAACAUUGGGUGGAAAAAUGAAACAUACUGGAUUAUUCCAAGUAUUAGGAGGUGGUUAGGUGGAGGACUGUCUUUCUCCUGUUGUUUCUGCCUGACCGGUAAGAUCUGGACCAAUUGAGGUGCUCCAAGCUG